CUCUCAUGACCUCCUGUAUGAGACAUUCUGGUGUUUUUUUGGAGUUUGUGCUGAAAAUCCCCACCUGCCCGAUUCCUGAAGCGCGAGACAAUGUGCUGCUUCACAUCAGCUGAGGAGAGUAGGCCAGGGAAGAGCAGCUCAGGGAAGAGUAGGCCAGGGAAGAGCAGCUCAGGGAAGAGCAGCCCAGGGAAAAGCAGGCCAGGGAAAAGCAGGCCAGGGAAGAGCAGCUCAGGGAAAAGCAGCUCAGGGAAGAGCAGCUCAGGGAAGAGCAGCUCAGGGAAAAGCAGCUCAGGGAAGAGCAGCUCAGGGAAAAGCAGCCCAGGGAAGAGCAGCUCAGGGAAGAACAGGACGAGGAAGAGCAGACCAGGGAAGAGCAGGGUGAGGAAGAGCAGGACAGAGAAGAGCAGCUCAUGGAAAAGCAGCUCAGGGAAGAACAGGCCAGGGAAGAGCAGCUCAGGGAAAAGCAGGCCAGGGAAGAGCAACUCAGGGAAGAACAGGACGAGGAAGAGCAGACCAGGGAAGAGCAGACCAGGGAAAAACAGGGAAGAGCAGGUUGAGGAAGAGUAGGACGAGGAAGAGCAGGACAGGGAAGAGCAGAGAAGAGCAGGAAAGGGAAGAGCAGGUUGAGGAAGAGUAGGAUGAGGAAGAGCAGGACAGGGAAGAGUAGGAUGGGAAGAGCAGCUCAGAGUGCAUGCCUGCCCUUUUCUGACACACUGGUGUGCAGCUAAACUAAUGUCUUUACAAAUACUAUAACACACCAUAACCUAAAGGAGUAGAAACUGUGAGUGUGCUAGGGGGGUGAGAGAAGGUGCAGAUGCAGUCUGUGUUCAUAAAUCCCUGUGUGUGUGUGUGCAUGUCUGUGCGCAUGCAUGCGAGUGUGUGUGUGUGUGCAUGUCUGUGCGCAUGCAUGCGAGUGUGUGUGUGUGUGUGUGUGUGUCUGUGCGUGUAAAGCAGCACCAUCUGGCAACAGGGGAAGAACGCUGUUUGAACAGGUUACCCCCCAAAACACAUCAGUAUAAAACAGUUCACCCCCCGGAAUGAAUCACUGGAACGAGCUGAAAGCCGUUAGACGAGGCUCCUACACAUUUUGUAGUCGAUCUUAUUGACAUAAAAGAUGUUUUUGGGCUGCAUUUAUUGCGAGCUUAACUUGUCUUUGACUGGUGUGCCAGAGAAACCCAUCACAAAUUAACCUGUAACCCAUCACAAAUUAACCUGUUACCCAUUACAAAUUAACCAGAAACCAGUUACAAAUUAUCCUUCUCAAUUAAACCAGAGAAAGAGAAAGAGUUCCUGUGAAAAUGAUUUACAGUAAAAACACUUCUUCUUCUUUGGUUUCUUUUCUUUGGGGUUGCGUGUGGUUUUGGUCAGUUGCUGAUUUGGACACUUGUUUUCAGUAAAAAAACUGACCUUUUCCGUGGCACCCCCGGCCGUGGUGGACAGGCACAGCGGUGACUUUGAGAAGGCCAGUUCCCAUCACCCCGGCGUUGCCCGCACGCAGCCGAGCUUUCGACCAAUCAGCAGAGACGGUGAGUCAGCGGGGGAAGUGGGGAUCUGAAGCCAUUAGUAGUGGCUGCUGCUCCACUAUAUAAGAAAGUCAGAGAGUCUGAAGACCUAUGCACUCCAUACAGAGUCCAUACAGAGAGAGAGAGAGAGAGAAAGGAGAGAGGGGGUGACAGAGAGAGAAACAGAGAGAGAGAGAGAGAAAGGAGAGAGGGGGUGACAGAGAGAGACAGAGAGAAAUCUGCAGAAUGUUCCAGAACACGCAGUGGUCCUGUGUGGGCGUCCCGCGCCUCAGUUCUGCCGGGGGGGGUCUGGUCCUGGGGCUGUGCCUCUGGCUCUGCGCGGGGGUGUGGGGGGACGUGGGCCACUUCUCCACCUGUCCCCAGUUCUUCUACGGGGGCACCCCCCCCAGCGGGCUGGGGGGCCAGGGGUAUGCCCAGAUCUGCCAGCGCUACAGAAACCAGCAUCGCUUUGCCAGCUUGUACCACCGGCAGAACAGAGCUCCCCUGUACUCCGCUUACCUGGUCACCGUGGGAACGGGCAGGAGGCCCCCGGCAGUGUGGAAGUACGAGCCGCAGCUGGCCACCUCCAGGGCCGGUCCAGAGAUGCAGCCACUCCCCAAGAACGGGUCAGUGGAUCAGAACGUUCUGGAGAGCCAGGCGGUGCUGAAGGACUAUGCUUGGUCCAACUACACCAAGGGCCACCUCAAUCCCAGCAUGCACCAUUCCACGCGCGAGGACCAGAAGGCCACCUUCACCUUGACCAACGUGGUGCCGCAGCGCCUGGGCUCUAACUCGGGCCCCUGGGCCAUGCUGGAGAGGGCGGUGUGGGCACGGCUGGGGGCGUACUGCACCGGCCCGGCGUAUGUGGUGACGGGGGCGCUGCCCUACGCCGCCCGCCGCCAGAUCGCCAACCGCGUGGGUGUGCCCGAGUACCUGUGGACAGCCUACUGCUGCCCCGCCUUCAACUCCACCCUCCCGGCCGAGCUCCGCCCCUUCUUUCCCGCCUACGCCGCCAUCGGGCGCAACGACCGCCUCAGCGACGACAGCAUCGUGCCCGUCGACCCCGGGGCCAAGCGGUCCGUCCGGGGGUACGACGUCAGGCCCAUGCCCCUGGAAACCAUGGAAUCGCACCUGCGGGAGCGGCUGGGCGGGGCCGUCAGCGUGUUCCAGAACGGGUGCCGCCAGGACACGGCCGAACCGGCCACUCGGAGCGGGCCCCGCCAGGACACGCCCGAACCGACCACUCAGAGCGGGCGCCGCCAGGACACGCCCGAACCGACCACUCAGAGCGGGCGCCGCCAGGACACGCCCGAACCGACCACUCAGAGCGGGCGCCGCCAGGACACGCCCGAACCGACCACUCAGAGCGGGCGCCGCCAUGACACGCCCGAACCGACCACUCAGAGCGGGCGCCGCCAGGACACGCCCAAACCGGCCACUCAGAGCGGGCGCCGCCAGGACACGCCCGAACCGACCACUCAGAGCGGGCCCCGCCAGGACACGCCCGAACCGACCACUCAGAGCGGGCGCCGCCAGGACACGCCCGAACCGACCACUCAGAAGCGGGCGCCGCCAGGACACGCCCAAACCGGCACUCAGAGCGGGCGCCGCCAGGACACGCCCGAACCGACCACUCAGAGCGGGCGCCGCCAGGACACGCCCGAACCAACCACUCAGAGCGGGCGCCGCCAGGACACGCCCGAACCGACCACUCAGAGCGGGCGCCGCCAGGACACGCCCGAACCGACCACUCAGAGCGGGCGCCGCCAGGACACGCCCGAACCGACCACUCAGAGCGGGCGCCGCCAGGACACGCCCGAACCAACCACUCAGAGCGGGCGCCGCCAGGACACGCCCGAACCGACCACUCAGAGCGGGCGCCGCCAGGACACGGCCGAACCGGCCACUCAGAGCGGGCGCCGCCAGGACACGCCCGAACCAACCACUCAGAGCGGGCGCCGCCAGGACACGGCCGAACCGGCCACUCAGAGCGGGCGCCGCCAUGACACGCCCGAACCGACCACUCAGAGCGGGCGCCGCCAUGACACGCCCGAACCGACCACUCAGAGCGGGCCCCGCCAGGACACGCCCGAACCGACCACUCAGAGCGGGCGCCGCCAGGACACGCCCGAACCGACCACUCAGAGCGGGCGCCGCCAGGACACGGCCGAACCGGCCACUCAGAGCGGGCGCCGCCAUGACACGCCCGAACCGACCACUCAGAGCGGGCGCCGCCAUGACACGCCCGAACCAACCACUCAGAGCGGGCCCCGCCAGGACACGCCCAAACCGACCACUCAGAGCAGGCGCUGCCAGGCCGAGACUGCAGUAUUUUCUAUACUGAAAUUCUUCUCAUCCUUAUACGGCGAAUGA